AUGGGAAGUACUGGGAAAUCUGCAGAAGCUGAACCAGAGGUAAAGGAAUUUACUUUGAAGGAGGACAAUGAGUUACGCUUUGAGGUUGGAAGUAAAAAUGAUGUUAUUUUGGAAUUGGUUGCAGGGAAAGCUGAAGUUUUUGGAUCUGAGUUGAUCCUUAAUAAAAAAUAUACAUUUGGUCCAGGUUCUCGUGUAGCGGUGUUUACGUGGAGUAAUGCGGUAGUAGAAUUAGUGGGAGACACCGAAAGUGCGUAUGUUGCUGAACAAACUCCUAUGGUGAUUUAUCUGAAUACACAUGCUGCUUUGGAACAGUUACGAGAGCAUGCAGAGUCAAUUGUUAAUCAAAAAGAAGAAGCUCAGGGACCUGUAAUUAUGAUUGUGGGGCCUACCGAUGUAGGGAAAAGUACAUUAUGUCGAAUUUUAUGCAAUUACGCCGUUCGACAAGGAAGAACACCAAUUUUCGUUGACUUGGAUGUUGGGCAGGGUGGUAUAUCUGUGCCUGGAACUGUUGGCGCUUUAUAUAUUGAGAAAACUGCUGAUGUUGUUGAGGGUUUUGAUAAACGAUUUCCCUUAGUCUACCAUUUUGGUCACUUGUCUCCAUCAUCUAACAUAGCUCUCUAUGACUUGCUUGUGGAUCAGCUUGCUGAGGCUGUGAGAAAAAAGAUGAGGGAGUGUCCCGAAGCAAAUUAUGGCGGUCUGAUCAUAAACACUUGCGGGUGGAUUAAGGGCGACGGGUACCAAUGUAUUACCCACGCAGCCACUAGUUUUGAAGUCAGUGUUGUUGUGGUGUUAGAUCAUGAGAGGCUAUUUAAUGAGCUACAAAGGGACCUACCAACAUUCGUUCUGCACCAACCGAAGUCGGGUGGAGUUGAAAAUCGCAGCAGAGAGAUGCGUGUUGCGGCUCGGAAUGCAUCUGUUCAUAAGUAUUUUUACGGGACCCGAGCGUUUCCUUUGUACCCAUACACUUUUGACGUUGCUUUUGACGACCUCACAAUAUGCAAAAUUGGGACUGAUCCUUUGCCACCAGAAUGCCUUCCAUAUGGCGUGAAGCCAGAUGAUCAUAGGACCAAGGUCGUUACCGAACAGCCUUCAUUGUCCUUGUUACAUCGUAUGUUAACCUUAACGUCGUGCACUGUGGUAGGUCAGGAAAUAUUGUCAACCCCAGCUCUAGGCUUUCUUGUACUAACGUCAAUAGAUAUGGAGAAAAAGCAGUAUACGGUACUUAGCCCAAAACCUUACCCCCUUCCGUCUAAAGUCUGUGUUCUGGGUGAAGUGACAUUCGUCGAUGAUAAAGUUAGAGAGUAA